GCGAAAUGGCACACAGCAAAGAUGGUCAUGAGUCUGGCCGAGCUGGCGCAACGCGUCCGGAUGCCCCAGUGCGUCCGCUGCGACAACGGCGCGUCAUCCGUCGCGAGCCUUAUGGAGAAGCACAUGAGCGUAGGCGGCGUCGACGUCACGUGGCCGCUCUCACCAGCGUCGCUCGCUGCGCUCUCGUCGCAGUUGGCCAACCACGCAACCGUUGUCAUCGACUCGGCGGUUCCACCCGAUUUUGCGGACGCCAACCAAUGCCACAAGGCUGUCCAUGAGCUUGUCGGCAGCACCGCCAGCAAUCGCUUCGAAUUUGCCCAUGUGGCCAUUGACAGCGUCGGGUCCGCGUUGGCGUUAACGCCAGCAACCUAUCCAGCCGAGGCCUUUGCGACGCUGGUGUAUUUUCUGCCGUCCGAUAGUGUCGGCGGGGCCGUCACCAUAUCUUGUGACAGCCGGACGACAACGUAUGACGCGCUUGAUGGACACACCAUCGCCUUCUUCAACGCCUGCGCAGUCUCGGUGGCGCCCAUCGUGUCGGGUCACCGCGGCGUCGUCGUGUACCAUGCCGUCUACGAGCCUACGUCGUUAGGUACGCGGCUGUUUGGCCCGCCAUCGCUGCCUUCGAUCGACUAUCUCGAACGGGCCAUCGUCAAGCACGCGGGCCAGCCGCACGUGGCGGUGGCGGCGGUGCUCGAGACACCGUGUACAGCACCGUCGUUUGGGACACUAGGAGGCCGCGACAAGGCGCUCGUGGACUGGCUGCUUGCAAAAAAACGCUUUGACGUGGCAUUUGUCCGCGCAGGAGGUCGAGGCAAUGCACUGGAGAAUGCGGCGUUCAUGCCCGAGUCGUUCCAUCCGGCAUGUAAGACGCCGGCCAUCGUGCGAGACGCGUGCCGGGAUCGGCCCCUCAAAGCGCUCAUCGACCUCGACGUCGGCGCUACACUGGACGUUCCUGCCUUUCACGCGUACCUCGUCUUUUGGCCCAAAAUGCUUCGCGUCUGUGUCCUUGGAUUCGAUCGCACGCUUCGCUUACUGGAUGACGCUGUGCGUGGUGACGUGGACGACGACCUCGGGUACGGCUCGACACGUGAGCUCAUUGUGGUGGCGACACGCUACUUGCUCUCGGACGUACACAAACCAAGUCUUCGCACCGACACCGUUCUCUUGACUCUGGCGUCGGCGCUCAAUACCUAUGGCGACGCCGUCCUCGUCAACACGUUCUUGAUGAGUUGCCACUGGCGUGAAUUUGACGCCAUGGCGGAUGAGAUCGCAACUGCGGAAGCGCGUCGGUACCGAGCAACGCAGUCGCUUCUGCUCCUUCAUCACUUGCGCGACACGACCAGCAUGACGUUCCGCCUCGACGUGCUGUCGCGGCUCUUGGACGCCGUGCCCGAGGCGCGGCAUCAGGUGCGGACGAUCGCGCUGGCGUGGUGGCAGACCAUGCUCCAAAAGCUGAGGGUACAAAACUACGCGCCCGAUACGUCCUUGCUUGUAGAUGGCAUGCGUCUUGAGGCGUGCCUCGAUCGUACUCUCGUCGCGCCGGAGGCCGAAGCUACAUUGGCGACUCGGCUGCCGUCAUCGGUCGUGGCCGCGGUGCUCUCUUUUUUGCAGCAUACACCACGUCUUGUUACUGUCAUGGCGCUCCAUCCGCGGGGCACGCCGGCGCUUCCGGCUGCCUUGUGGGCGCUCCCGUCGACGCCGAUGCAUUUGCGCCACGCAUACCUGGCGCUCGCCAUCGACCGGUUUUGCGUCUUGGACGCCGAACACGACGCAGGUGUUGCCUACUUGGUACUCUUGACGGCCGGUACGUCGAUGGAUGCGACAGUGGCGCGUGCGGCGCGCAAGAAAUAUGCGAGCGCUGCGUUUCAAGGCACGUUGGCGGUGCUGCUGACGACAGCCCUAACCCCACACCAAGCGGUUGUCGCCAACGAAUGGCGGGUCUAGUUGCCAAACUACAAGUGUUUUUUCGCAAAUAAUUUGUCUCGACCGACCUCA